CAAGCAUAUGAGACUUACCCAAACACAGACCAUGCAUAUUAAUUUUGAAUGAUCGAACUGAAUUUGCCGUUAUGCACAUCUCAAUGGUUUUGUGUUUAUAAUGGAAAGUUUCCCCAUGCCAACUUUCAACGGCUAAUAUUCGCACCCACACUUUUUAUACUAGGGACCUUCUCUUUUAUUGUUUCACAGCCCUAAACUUUAUUGCUGGGUCAAAUGGACUCCUUCUUCCUUCUGACCGCAGCAAGCGGCGCAAGUGCGCAUAUUCUGUUAUAUCGUUUUGGCGAGUGGGAUGUCGAAGCACCUAGUCUCGUGGCGAAAUACUUUAUUCUGUUUGUAAUAUUCAUUGGUAUCGAAAAGUUCAACGUGGUCAAUGAAUACAAAUCGGUCAUUUCAUUGCCACCCGGCUGGUCGGCCAAACUGGUUGGGUAUCAUAUUCUGGGCAUUUAUCUGAGCAUGAUUAUCUAUCGAAUAGUUUGGCAUCGGUUAGCUAGAUAUCCGGGACCGUUCUUUGCGAAAUUAUCGAACUUCUACGUUACUUUGCUCUCCGCGAAAGGGCUACAUCUUUAUGAAGAGGUGGAAAAACUUCAUAAGCAGUAUGGGGACUAUGUGCGACUUGGUCCGUCAGAAUUGUCUAUAAACGACCCCGAAGCGGUCAGACAUAUCUACAGCAGCCAAGCAAAAGUGGGCAAGGGAGUUUGGUACACAGUCCUCGAGCCUCGCGUAUCCGUUCAUAUGGAGCGUAACAAGCAAGAGCAUGCGCGGCGGCGAAAAGUCUGGGAUCAGGCUUUCAGCUCCAAGGCUUUGCGUGAUUAUGAGCCCCGUGUCAGUCGCUAUACAAAUCAACUUUUGAGCGUCAUUCAACAAAAUUCUGGCAAUCCGAUUGAUGUCAGUCGAUUAUUCAACUAUUUCAGUUUCGAUGUCAUGGGAGACCUCGCUUUUGGUAAAUCGUUCAACAUGCUUAUUGAUGGGCGAGAUGACUACUUCUUAAAACAGCUCCAUGCUGAUAUGGGAAGCAUUGGGUAUUUCAGUCAUUUGACCUGGUUGUUUCCAUUUUUUAAACGGAUCCCGGUGCUGAAUGCGGAUUAUCUCAGGUUUUGGAAGUGGGUUGGUGAUCGAGUUCAGGAGAGAAUCAAGAAUACACCAAGCCGUGCAGAUAUCUUUACCUGGCUCCUUGAUGAUUUUGAAAAGAAACCAAAAACGAAAAGAAGUCAGCUUGACCUCGAUGGAGAUGCGUAUCUCAUUGUCGUCGCUGGGAGUGACACAACUGCCGCAAUAAUGACGAGUCUUUUCUUUCAAUUAGCUACCGACCCUCAAUGGCAGACUAAAAUCCAACAGGAAUUGAAUACUUUAUCUGAAUUGACGAAUGACCAGCUGCUUGGAAUAAAGCUUCUUGAUGCUCUCAUUUACGAAACGCUCCGACUGCAUCCAGCCGUUCCAUCGGGGACACAACGGAUGACACCUCCUGAGGGCAUCACAAUCGGUGACCAGUAUAUUCCUGGCGAUGUCAUGGUCUGUAUCCCAUCGCAUACGAUGUUCAGAGACGAACGUGUUUUCACUCGCCCUCUAGAAUUCAUUCCCGAAAGAUGGACUACAAAGUCCGAGCUUAUCAAGGAACCAUCUGCAUUUAUUCCAUUCAACGGUGGCCCAUAUGUUUGCGUGGGAAAGCAGCUCGCCCUAAUGGAACUACGCCGGGUGACUGCUGAAAUAUUGACCCGGUAUAAUGUUGCACUUGCCCCUGGCCAAACUGUAUCUGGUUUUUUAAAUGGUAAAAGAGAUGCAUUUACAUUGGUAACGCCGCCACUACAACUAUUGUUUCGGGAACGGAAGAAGGGUAAUAAAUAAUGCAGGAAUGAUGCAGACUCGUUCAAGUCGCACUUUAUACGAAAUAUACAUGUAUAACCGUGGCAGAUAAUCAUUAUUUAUCUCAACUGUUUUCCACAUUUCUUCUCUCUAUUUACCAGUCUUGCACAAGCGCGGUAACAUUUGAAGUAGGUAGACAUUUUUACACACAUAUUGC